UGCUGUGUGUCGAUAUAGGUGGGUGAAUUUUUUCUUCUCUUCAAUUUUUCAUAAAAAUAUUCAAUUUACUUCAAAAACUUAUUUAUUUAAAAUAUUUUAAAGUACUUUUCUGGUUUCUCAAUAGUUUCUAUUAUAAGUGAAUUAUUUUAACAUCGCCUCCAUUGAAAUUGAAACAUAUUUCAAACAUUUACCGCGUGUCACAAGUCAAAGAACAAAAAUUUAAAUUAAAAAAAUAAUGAGAACCAAGUGUUUAACCUAGUGGGCAUUUAAUUUUAUUUUAUAAAUUCUUAUUUUCUGACCAGAUUAUCGGCUACAACUGCAACCAACAAAAUGCCACAAAAUGAAUAUAUGGAACGCCACCGUAAAUUAUACGGUCGGCGUUUAGAUUACGAAGAACGUAAACGUAAAAAGGAAGCACGUCUACCAAAAGACCGCGCACGCAAAGCUCGCAAAUUGCGUGGUAUCAAAGCUAAACUCUUCAACAAAGAGCGUCGCAAUGAAAAGAUCCAAAUCAAGAAGAAAAUCAAAGCACACGAAGAGAAGAAGGUCAAGAAACAAGAAGACAAGGUCGAAGAUGGAGCUUUGCCCCAUUAUCUUCUGGAUCGUGGUAUCCAAUCCAGCGCCAAAGUACUCUCAAAUAUGAUCAAACAAAAGAGGAAAGAAAAAGCUGGAAAAUGGGAUGUACCCAUACCAAAAGUCCGAGCACAAUCUGAUGCUGAAGUCUUCAAAGUACUCAAGACCGGCAAGACCAAGCGCAAAGCAUGGAAACGAAUGAUAACCAAGGUCACUUUUGUCGGUGAAAAUUUCACCAGGAAGCCUCCAAAGUUUGAACGUUUCAUCCGCCCGAUGGCACUUCGCAUGAAGAAGGCACAUGUCACACAUCCCGAGCUGAAGGCAACAUUCCACUUGCCAAUUAUUGGGGUUAAAAAGAAUCCCAGCUCCCCGAUGUUCACUCAAUUGGGUGUAAUGACGAAGGGUACUGUGAUCGAGGUGAACAUCUCUGAACUCGGUUUGGUCACACAGACGGGUAAGGUUGUUUGGGGUAAAUACGCUCAGGUGACAAACAAUCCUGAAAACGAUGGUGUGGUUAAUGCUGUUCUGUUAGUUUAAGCUUCUUGUAGAUUUUAAUAAAAAUAAAAUGUGACGAAUUGGUACAAAAAAAAAAUAAAGAAUAAAAAUAAAUAAAAAUUAAACUUGAA